AACAAAGGCAGAGUGCUGGGGCAAAGAUGUUCUGAGAAGUGAGUGUUUCAGAGAAACUUCAACCAGUAACCAUGGAAAACGAGACAGUAAGUGAAAUGAACCAAACGCAGCUCCAGCCACGAGCAGUGGUGACCUUAGAAUACCAAGCAGUCACCAUCUUACUUGUGCUCAUUAUUUGUGGUCUGGGCAUCGUGGGCAAUAUCAUGGUGGUCCUGGUGGUCAUGAGAACCAAGCACAUGAGGACCCCCACAAACUGCUACCUGGUGAGUCUGGCAGUAGCCGAUCUCAUGGUCCUGGUGGCUGCGGGCCUCCCCAACAUCACAGAGAGUCUCUACGGUUCCUGGGUCUAUGGCUAUGUUGGAUGCCUCUGUAUUACUUACCUCCAGUACCUGGGCAUUAACGCGUCGUCUUGUUCCAUAACAGCUUUUACAAUUGAGAGGUACAUAGCAAUCUGUCACCCGAUCAAAGCCCAGUUCAUCUGCACAUUUUCCAGAGCCAAAAAGAUUAUCAUCUUUGUGUGGGCUUUCACGUCCAUCUACUGUAUGCUUUGGUUCUUUCUGCUGGAUCUCAAUAUCAACACCUAUAAAGAUGCUACUGUGGUGUCCUGUGGCUACAAGGUCUCCAGGAAUUACUACUCACCUAUUUACCUAAUGGACUUUGCUGUCUUUUAUGUCGUGCCAAUGAUCCUGGCCACCGUCCUCUAUGGACUCAUAGCUAGAAUCCUUUUCUUAAAUCCCAUCCCUUCUGCUGCUAAGGGCAAUUCUAAGACAUGGAAGAACGAGUCAAACCAGCAGCAGAACAAGAGCUUGAAUUCAAAGACCUCCAAUAGGUGUUUCAACAGCACUGUCUCUUCGAGAAAGCAGGUCACCAAGAUGCUGGCCGUGGUUGUAAUUCUGUUUGCCCUUUUGUGGAUGCCCUACAGGACUCUUGUGGUUGUCAACUCCUUUCUCUCAAGUCCUUUUCAAGAAAAUUGGUUCCUGCUCUUUUGCAGAAUUUGCAUUUACCUCAACAGUGCCAUCAACCCUGUGAUUUACAAUCUCAUGUCCCAGAAGUUUCGCGCUGCCUUCAGAAAGCUUUGCAACUGCAAACAGAAGCCAACAGAAAAACCAGCAAAUUACAGCGUGGCACUGAAUUACAGCGUGAUCAAGGAGUCUGACCAUUUCAGCACAGAGCUGGAGGACAUCACUGUCACUGACAAUUACUUGUCUGCCACCAAAGUGUCUUUCGACGAUACCUGCUUGGCUUCUGAAGUAACCUACAGUCAAAGUUGAUUCAUGAAGUGAAAGAAAAUGGACUUCAAACUAAAUGAGAAUUUGUGCGGUUAUCAACAAAGGCGAGGAAGUAGCCAAAAGUUAUAAGUUGGCAGAUAAAGCCUUUGCCAAUGUUCCA